AAGACCGACGACAGGAAAACACUGUAUUGGUUUGGUCCCCUUAUGGCUAUCUCUCGAUUAAUUUGAAAUUUGAGUCUUCGAUAGCUUCGUGAGCUAGAAACCUGAUGCUUUCGAUUCAACAAUGCUGUGUAUCUGUAUGUUUGUAAAACGUUAUCUAUUUGUAUUUUCUUGCUAGCUAACCAAUAAUUUUUGAGUCAGUGAACGUUAGCUAGCUAACGGUAGCUACAUGAUGGCUCAACUCAUUCAUAAUUCUUGAAAUAGCUAACUUUAGCUAACAACCUAGCAAACCCAGCUAUCCGUUCUACGGCUAACGUUACAUUGCACGAAGGUAGCUAGUUAGUCAAAAUAAAAACAUGAGUUAACGCAAAGCAGUCCGUGGCUAUUAUUGUUUCCAAGUUAGCUUGUAGUCUGAGGUAAUUACAUUCUAAAUGUCUCGCUUAUUAUCGUUUGUGUAAAUUAAUCUCGACAGCCCACCGCCAGAUAGCUGGCUAAUAUUAGAGUUGAAAGCUAGUUUUUCAAUUAUAUUUAUAUUUUUAUUUAGUGAACUAAUUUGAUGGCUUACUUGUGUUAGAUUGUUACAAACGCUGGAUGUGUUUGUAUUAAUUCAAAUUAUGGAGACGAAUUUACAGAAGAGACGUGAGAAUAAAAAAUCCCUGCGAGUGAAAGUUAUCAGCUUGGGCAACGCAGAGGUGGGAAAGAGUUGCAUUAUUAAACGUUAUUGUGAAAAGAGGUUUGUACCUAAGUAUCUGGCAACAAUUGGAAUCGACUAUGGUGUUACAAAAGUUCAAGUGCGGGACCGGGAGAUGAAAGUCAAUAUUUUUGACAUGGCUGGACAUCCAUUUUUUUAUGAGGUGCGAAAUGAGUUCUACAAAGACUCGCAGGGGGUGAUCCUGGUGUACGAUGUGGGGCUGAAAGAGAGCUUCGAUGCCCUGGACAGCUGGCUGGGGGAGAUGAAGCAGGAGAUGGGUUCACAUGCCAACAUGGAGAGCAUCGUCUUUGUUGUGUGUGCCAACAAGGUGGACCUGACGAAGAGGCGAGUGGUGGACGAGAGCGAGGGCCGGUUGUGGGCGGAGAGCCGUGGUUUUCACUACUUUGAGACUUCCGCGCAGAGUGGCGAGGGCAUCAGUGAGAUGUUCCAGGCUUUCUUCUCCUCCAUUACUGACAUGUGUGAGAACGGGGGGCGGCGGCCAGCAUCCGGGGUCAGUGCUGGCUUCACCAGGGAGCAGGCCGACACGAUCCGCAGAAUUCGCAGCAGCAAAGACAGUUGGGAAAUGCUGGGAGUCAAGCCAGGGGCUACCAGGGAGGAAGUCAACAAGGCGUACAGGAAGCUGGCCGUGCUCCUGCAUCCAGACAAAUGUGUGGCGCCAGGCAGCGAGGAUGCCUUCAAGGCUGUGGUAAACGCUCGUACUUCACUUCUCAAAAAUAUCAAGUAAGGUAUCUCUGGCAGCAUCAGUUCUUCCCACUGCUCCCACGCUGAAAGAUCUUCAACAGGACCAUAAUACCAAACUGCAACAGCAAAAAUAGGUGGUGAAAUAACUGUCCUCCUCAUCUUCCAGGGUUUUUCAUGCAGUGCUUCUCAGUUGGCCCUGUGUAUGCUAGUUUGUGUCCAAUCACAAUUGAACCUGUUCAUUUUCACUUUUCAUGUUUUGAAGGAUUUGUAUUCAUCCCUUUUUUCACGCUGUAAUUUUCAAUCGUUAUGGUAAAAAGUGUUAAAGCGCACGGUUCUAUUGUUAUAACCUAUUUUAAAAAGCCAUUGCUUUAGCGACAACAGUUCCUUAUUUUGUAACAUGUGGGUGGCAAAACAAGUGUGGGGGGACCUCACCUUCUCUGCAUUUUGGAAAUCCACAUACUACAAGAAAUAAAGUAAUGUCAGUGCCCUUUUCACAACAAGGGUCCAGCGAACCAAACGUAUAAUAGCUUCUGUAACUUUGUUUUUAGUCAAAUGGUUCAAGACUAGCAACCAUUUUUUUUAGGCAUGUCAUUUUCAAGCUUGUUUAAAGAAAAGGGGUGAUACUUAAGGGGUUAAGCCACAUUAUGUAAAAAAUAGCUAUGCAUGUCUUGAAUAAAAUUCCCAUAUUCGUCUUGUGUUAUAUUGCGAAUGAUUACAUAAAGUGAGGUAAAACUUUUUUAACUGAUCAAAUUAAAGAUUAAAGGUGAGUCAAUAGGUUGCUAAUUUGUGAAAUGUGGACAAAGCCACUAAGACCAAACAUUUGGCAAGACAAAGCAAAUGAUAAAUCGACUGUGUUAACACUAUGAACUUUGCAUCCUUGUGGUUGACUCGUCAAUGUCCCAAAUUAUAAUACAAGAAACUGUGACUUAAUAAAACCGCAAAACGGCAAUGUCAGAUUGUUAAAAAGACUCUCCGCUUGCGAGAACAGCUUAUCUGAUGAAUAUAUAUCCAGCUGUUGUGCAUGCAUUACUGUAGGAAACAUCAAUAUCAGGACUGUUUACCUCUCUUUUUGUAAUCAUUUGCAAUAUAGCACAAUGUGAAUAAUGAAGUAAAUAAUCCCUCAAUUAUGAUUGUUGGAGUGAAAACCAGCAUACAUAAGGUUAAUGAGUUUUAAUGGUUAUAACACUAACUGUAUCUGACAGUAAUGUUUGUCCAAGGAAGUUGCAUUCAUUGUGGAAUUUUUAUAAAACCAGACUUUUAUAUUUUGCAAACACUUUCUUUCAGUUGAUAUUAUUAGGAUAUGCAUUAUAUAGCCUGUUACAGUGUUUAAACUCAUAAAUCAGGUAAACUCCAGUCCUGGAUGUCUACUGGUUCUCUCAGUAGACAAUGUAGGCCUUGGAAACAAGGUUUAUUUAUCAGUGGCUUGAAUUGAACUUGUAAGUGCUGAAAAACACGGAAACCAGGAGACACUACAGCCCAUCCUAGUUCUAAAUGAGUAUAUACUGUAAGUAAACCCCAUUAUUUCAUUGAGAUUUGGGUGUAUUUGUUCUGAGUUGGCUAUAGACAUAAGGCGAUUGUUGUAAUGGCUAAAGUCACACAUGGGAAAUAGCUGAUUACAGUUGAGUUGCAAAUAAUAAAGCUGAUUGGUUAAAACCAAUACUGGAAUUCAGAAAUGCACAUUUUUAAAUCGCCUAAAAUUAUCUAACAGAUUCCUACAGGCAAAUUCCUACAAUUAGACUAGAAUUAGAAGAUGUCUAGUGUUGGGCUAAUCCCAGCCUUUUUGGGUAAGAUUGCACACCGCCUGAGGUAAUGGACUCGUUUUUUGCCUCCCCCAAUGGGUGGAGUUUGGAGCAAGAAGGAGCAAGGAAAGGAAGAAGGGAGGUGAAAAAUAAGCAAUUGGAAAAAGUCCUGUGAUUCAGUAGCUUCUUAGAUGCCACUAGCUCUUCCCUGUUAGUCUGCUUGGGAAAUAUCCCCUCAAGUACCUAUAUUCCAGGAAAUAAUCAAGAAAUACUCCAGUUGGUCCUCCAGAGACAACUUUCAAAACUUCGAUAUCCCAGUCAGGUAGUUAACUAGAUACCUCAAUAAUCCUAUCCAAUUUAAUGACAUAUUCAAAUUAAAAACCCAAAACCAACAUCCCCUUUCUACUUUACUGUCUGUGACUAGAUUUUGGUGUCUUGGCAAAGCAUAUAUUUUGUACUGUGUUUAGUUUAACAUACAGAUAGUUCUGAUUGUCAGGUGGUGUGUAAAGUGGUUUAAGGGGUAGUUUUUCCCUAAGCAAAUUUCUUUUAAAUUAUUGUUAAAGUGUUCAAAAAUGGAAAGUAUAAAAGCAAAAAUAUGAUGAAUAUUUCUGAAAUAUGUAUUAUAACAUGCUAAAUAUAAAAAAUGUAUCACAGUAAAUCAGUUGCCAGGUUCAUAUGUACAAUUGUAUGCUUAUGUUGAAUGUAUUUUGCAAUGUAUUUGCCAGUAUAUUCUACCAUAUUUCGUAACUUCUAAAAUUGCAUUUGAUAUGGUUUCUUUUAUUUGCAGUAUACUUUCACAAAUACAUUCAUGAUAUAUAUUUUUAUUUAUGAACUCCAUCUUAUUACAUUUAAAAAUUUAUAGAAAUGUAUAGUGGUAUAAUUGUUUGUAUUUGGCAUGUGCUAUGCACUUCCAGUGUGUUUUUGUUUAUACCACAGUUUUAUGUAUGGUGUUAAAAAUGUGCAGUAUACUUGGGCAGAGAUGAUGCAGAAUAAUGUAUGGAUUUUUUUUUUGUCUUUCUUUACUGUUGGGUAUACAAUUCAGUCUGCAUGUGAAUUUUGCUUGCCUACUUCAAUAUGUAAAUAAUAUAAAUCCUGAAGUAUUCAACUGCCCAUGUAUGUCUAUUCCUCUGUUCUUUAAAACUCAAUAUCUUGCAGGUUUCAAGGUUUCAACUACUGAGUCAUCAACUAUCGGAAUUUACUUUUUGCCAUGUUUUAUUUAUUAAGGAAAAACGAAUGCUCAUCAGAUUUUGUGACUGUCAUUUUAGUUUUGUCGAUCUGCAACCUUUUUGGUGCAGCCUAUACGGCUGUUUGACAAACCAGUAAAAAGUUCAAUUUCUGGCUAAACAUGUGGUACAGUCCUUACAGCAGCCGAUGAAAGCUAUGUGCAAUGGGGGAUGCCGGAUCCCCCACCAUGCCACUCUACCAGCUGUGGUCCCUUCUUUAAUGUUGCUUUCUCUGCUUUCUACCUGUCUGAAUAAAGCAAACAAAAAUGCAAUAA